UAAUACUUAUUACACUUUUCUUUUUAUAGUUACAAAUUAAUUAUCUCACAAAGGCUAUCACUUAUUUCUGUUAUAUUUGAUCUCUAUUAAACUGUUACCUAAUUAAUGGGGUGGCUGAAGUCUGCAGUCCGAGGUGUUAAAUGGUUUUUUGGAGUAGACCAUCAUGAUACUCAACAAGAGAAGACAGUUUCAGCUUCACCUUUUGUCACAAGCAAGCCUAGUGCCAUGUAUAUUGAUGAGGAUGGAGAUCUAGCUGAAGAAUUUUAUGAGGAGGUCAUCCUCAAUACUGGCCGACCGUGGAUGAGAAGAAUAACUGAACACCUUACUUGGCAGGGCAUGGUGCAGUUAGAAUUUCCCCGCCUACACGUCGAUUUUCCAGUGGUUCUUUAUGAUACUUAAGAAGAACGUUGUUUCGAAGUUCAUAUACGUUUUAUGACCCCUGACAUAUUUGAAGACAAUUUGCCGGACAGAUUCUGUAUACCUGUUCUUGGAUGGAUCUCCUACCUUGUAUGGCACGAUACGAUUAACAUAGAAUUUGAAAUUGCUAUUAUUAUAUUGAAUGUUAUUUUUCAAUUAAUGUAGAGAGCCUGGAUAUUUUCAUACACAAGUUGGAUUUGUAUAUAGCUUUACGUGUAAUUUUUUAUUUCAUUUAAUGGCAAAUAUUUAAAGAAAUUUUAACUGUAUAACAAACUUAUAAUAAAAUAUUGUUAAUGUCCUACA